AACCUCCCGGUUACCAGCCGCCCCGCUCUACCUCCUGAACCACAUGCUGUGUGGACAGUGAUCCUGAACAACCAACCUGCUGCUCCUCCUGCGGGGGGGACUCGGGCUGGCGGACCGGGGUCGGGGUCUGGGGCUGAGGGACCGGGAACGGUGUCGGGUUCUUGGGCUGGGGGACCGGGACCGGGGGGGUCUCGGUCUCCGCGCGGGACUCGCUCUCUCCUGUUUGAUUCUCACCCUCGCCUCCCGCGGCGGGGAUUCCCGCCUCCGUCUCCUCUCUUUCUCCAUCUUAAAGCAACGCGACUAACCUGGUUUAUAUUGAACUAAACGUUUAUCAUAGCGUCCAGAAAUGUGAUUUUAUACACAAUGAAGGUAAAACUCUAAACACCAAAACUUCUAUUGUGUAAACGCUGUUUCGUUUCCACUUCCGGUGGUGCGCAGGAAACAGUCUCCGACGUCCCAGUCCCUUCCCCGACUGAUGGUUCCGCCACCACUCGGGGCCUUCUUUAUUUGUUCUUUAUUCAUCCUUCAUUUAUUCUUUAUUUAUUCUUUAUCCCAGUUUGAAUGAGCUGAGAAGUGAAGGCCGCGUACAGUAUUAAUUAUACCACUAUAGCAUGAGUACGGACGACGUUUCAGCCUCCAGCUGACCCCAGUUCAGGCGGGUAGCAGAGCGCAUGCGCUACCGGACGGCUGGUAACCAUGGCACCAUUAACGGUCAACGUGAUGAGCGUACGUUCUGCUGGUAACCAUGACGACAUCAACAGUCAGAGUCACAGGUGAAGCGUCGAGUAUUUACUGUUUCUCCCGCCGUAGAAAGUGAGUUAAAGUCAUCAGAAUGAUCCCCCCGGCGGAGUCCCUGCUGAGGUACGACACCCCGGUCCUGCAGAGCAGAGCCGUGGAAAGAACCGCGGACCGGAAGACCCCCAAGGCACGGUCUCUGAAGCCCAGCCCCCAGCAGCCCCCCCUGUCCGGCCCGGUCCCCCCGCCCCCCCGAUCCCCCGGGGCCGACGCCCCUAGACAGCAGACGGAGGAGGUCCUCAACGCCCUGCUGCCCCCCAGGGAGUGGGCGGAGGCGGGCCAGCUGUGGGUGCAGCAGGUGUCGAGCACCCCCUGCACACGCUCCGACGUGGUGCAGCUCACGGACCAGCUGGACGCGCUGCUGGGGCGGCGGCAGGCCCGCGAGACCGGCAUCUGCCCCGUCCGCCGAGAGCUGUACGGACAGUGCUUUGACGAGCUGAUCCGUCAGGUGACCAUCAACUGUGCGGAGCGCGGCGUCUUGCUUCUACGCAUCCGCAACGAGAUCCGCAUGACAGUGGCGGCCUACCAGACGCUGUACGAGAGCAGCAUGGCGUUCGGGGUCCGCAAGGCCCUGCAGGCCGAGCAGGGCAAGAGCGACAUGGAGACACGGCUCAGGGAGCUGGAGCUGGAGAAGCAGGACUUGGAGCAUCAGCUGAGCGAGCAGAAGGCCAGAUGUGAGGCGGUGGAGAAGAGAGAGCUGGAGAUCCGCCAGACCGAGGAGAGGAAGCACGGUGAGGAGAUCCAGUUCCUCAAGAGGACCAACCAGCAGCUCAAGGCCCAGCUGGAAGUAACCAUCACUCCAAAGAAAUGAGAUCCUCCGACACAAGACACCUGACCUCAUUUAAGGCCUGGACGCAGAUUUAUAAAAAACAUUCAACACAUUGUGGGUCUCUGGGUGUAAAUAUCUUUUUACAGCACAAGUUAUCGUUUUCUCUG